AUGGGUCGCGAACUACAGAAGAGAAAGAAUCGAUCCAGCAUCAGUAAAGUCCGUCACAAGCCAAAGUCGAAGAAGAUCGGCAGAUUCUUGACCCAUCCCAUCAUCGCCGAGAACUGGGACAAAUCGCAGACGCUCGCGCAAAAUUAUAGGCGACUUGGCUUGACGGCAAGGGUGAACAAGAUCACCGGUGGAGUAGAAAAGAAAGCUUCGGAUGUGCACCGAGAGGAGGAAGAGAAGGAGGAUACGCUACAGAUUGCGACCGCGUCGAAGAGGAAAGAGCAGCUGGACGUAACGGAAGCCAAGAUCGAGCGCGACCCCAAGACUGGCAAGAUCUUGCGUGUUCUGGACCAGCACACACCAAAGCCGAAUCCUUUGAACGAUCCGCUCAAUGAAAUUGACUCUGACUCGGAAGAUGAGGCCUUGAAUCUUCGCAAUCAGCACGGCAACGUCGAGCGGGCCGCCGCGCAGGCAGGUGCAGAGGCCAAGACGGAGACGGUGAGGAAGUUGGAAGCUCAUGCGAGUAAGUCGGCAGCGAAGUACAAGCGCAAGCAGCCGGAGGGCGAGCGUCUGUUUGUUGAAGAGCUGGUCCGGAAGUACGGCGAUGAUACGGGCAAGAUGGCGAGGGACAUGAAGAUCAACUACAUGCAACGCAGCGAAGGUGAUAUCAAGCGGAGGAUCAAGAAGUGGCGAGAGAGUGGCGGCUCGAUAUGA